CGCUCGUACGACGACAACAGCCUGAUGGACAAGGCGAUCGGGAUCAACUGCCUCGGAGGAGAUGCGCCGAUGAGAAGGCCAGCCUUUCCGAUUGUCAAUUGCCCUGACGGUAUGCGCCUCGAGGUCAUGUUCCCGAGCUGCUGGAACGGCAAAGACGUCGAUUCUGCGAAUCACUUUGACCACCUCGCGUAUCCCGACGACGCGGGCCCGUGUCCAGAAGGGUUCGACACCCGCAUCGAGACGCUCUUCUACGAGGUCUGGUACAGCACCGACCCGUUCAAGGACAUGUGGAACGACGCCAUGAACACGUCGCAGCCGUUCGUCCUCUCUCCCGGCGACCCAACAGGGUACGCUUUGCACGGAGACUUUCUCAACGGCUGGGACCCGCCGUUCCUGCAGAGCGCGAUCGACGAGUGUACCGCCGACUCGGGGGUCGUGCACGAGUGCGUCUAA